AAAUUCAAGCUGGGCCUGGACUUUCCCAAUCUGCCCUACUUGAUUGAUGGGACUCACAAGAUCACCCAGAGCAACGCCAUCAUGCGCUACAUUGCCCGCAAGCACAACCUGUGUGGGGAGACAGAAGAGGAGAAGAUUCAUGUGGACAUUUUGGAGAACCAGCUUAUGGACAACCGCAUGGAGCUGGCCAGACUCUGCUUUGACCCAAAUUUUGAGAAACUGAAGCCAAAAUACUUGGAGGAACUCCCUGAAAAGCUAAAGCUCUACUCACAGUUUCUGGGGAAGCGGCCAUGGUUUGCAGGAGACAAGAUCACCUUUGUGGAUUUCCUCGCCUAUGAUGUCCUUGACGUGAAACGUAUAUUUGAGCCCAGCUGCCUGGACGCCUUCCCAAACCUGAAGGACUUCAUCUCCCGCUUUGAGGUGAUGCCCCCAUCCUCCUUUCUCUUUGAUGCCCCUUGUUCCAUUCCCUCCUUUGAGACGCUUUCCCAGUCCUGGAGCUACACAAAGAAUAACCUGCAUUUAUUGAGUGCUGGCUUUAUGCCAGGAACUGUGCCCAGCACAUUAUACCUAUUGUGUGGCAUUUGAACUUUACAAUAUUCCCACAAGGUGACAGAAUUAUCUUGCCUGUUUUAGAGACAAGGAAACUGAGAAUGAGAGGGUCAGGCAUUUGCUCAAGGCCCCAGAGCCAGUGGAGGCUGUGCUGGGCUCCCUGUGAGCCUCUGGAUCUAUGGGUGGCAGUCAGGGCUCUCCCUUUUGUGACAAAAGAAAAACUCCUCAGGCCUCAUCCAGCCUGGGUUUCACCACCCAGGACGCUUUGGAAGAGGCAGAGCACUUCAGGAGUGCGGAUGCAGCUGGCAGUAGUAGGACUGACACACAAUGGCAUUGAUGUCGAGUAUGAAACCCACAGGCAGUAUUCGUAGCUACCCCCAGAAGCUUUGCAUGGUCGGACCCCCAUGUGGAGAAUCCUGAGAUAUGGAGCUGAGGCUGGAGCUGGAUUAGGGGACAUAUGUGGGUGCCCCUGUUGAAGGAGUGUGUGUUGAAGUGCUCUGUGCCGGGGCAGUGUCCUUCUUUAUCUUUCUUCCUCUCUUUUUUCCCUCCAAUGUUCCAAGU